UGCUCAUCUCAGUUCAACUCUCCGCUGUCCUCUGAUUGUGGCAGCGGACAGAUGCGUGGCAGAGGUUGGCAUUUUGGCGGUGAUUUGAAGAUGGCGGCGAGAGCGCUUUGGGGGGGCCUCAGCCUACUGCGAAUAGCGUGGUGCCUCCUCCCUCAGACGGGCUACCUGCACCCCGACGAGUUCUUUCAGUCCCCCGAGGUCAUGGCAGAGGACAUCUUGGGGCUGGAGGCCUACCGACCGUGGGAAUUCCGGGCCGGCUCCGCGUGCCGCACGGUGGUCUUCCCUCUGCUGACCAGCGGGACGGCCUUCUGGCUGAUGCGGCUGUGCGAGCGGCUGGGCCUGCUGCGGGCAGGCCCCGGGGACAGCUACGCCCUUCUGGUGGCCCCCCGGCUCCUCCUGACCUCCUGCUCCUUCGCCCUGGACUGGGCCGUCCACCGGCUGGCUCCGAUCUGGGGCGCCGAUCGCUGGGCCGCCCUGGCCCUGCUGGCCGGCUCCCACGUCACCCUAGUCUUCUACACCCGAACCUUCGCCAAUGCCAUCGAGGGGCUCCUGUUCGCCUGCCUGCUGGUCCUGGUGUCCCCCCGGCCGGGCCCGGGCCCCGAGGGGCCGGCUUGGCCGGUGGGCGCCGUCGUGGCCGCCGGCUUUUUCAACCGACCCACCUUCCCGGCGUUCGCCCUGGCCCCGCUGUGGUUCCGGUCCGUCCGCCGGGCGGCCCCCGGGGCCCGGCCGGGUCCGGGAGCCCUGGCCCGGGACGCCCUGGAGCUGGCCCCCGCCGCGGCCCUCACGGCCGCCGCCUUCGUGGCCGCCGACACGUGCUACUUCGGCUCUCCGGUGCUCACUCCCUACCGCUUCCUCAGCUACAACCUGGACCCCCGGAACCUGGCUCGGCACGGGACCCAUCCGAGGGUCACCCACCUGCUGGUCAACGGGGUGAUGCUCUUCGGGACGCUGCACGUGGCCGCGGUGGCCGCGGGCUGCCGGGCGCUGAAGGCCGGGUGCCCCGUCCGGGCUCGUCCCGGGGCCCCGCUCCCGCCGCGGGGCCACGCCGUGCUUCUCCUCUUCUACUUUGUUCCCCUGGUGCUCCUGUCCCUGUUCAGUCACCAGGAGCCCCGCUUCCUCAUCCCGCUCCUGGUGCCCCUGGUUCUGGUCAGCAGCCCCCGAGGCCGACCUGUGCAGCACAAGGCCUCCGUCGUCGUCUUCAACGCCCUGGGCGCACUUUUCUUCGGCUGCCUGCACCAGGGCGGCCUGGUGCCCGGCCUGGCCCGCCUGGAGCAGAUCGUCCACUCCCCGCCUCCCCCGGGCCGUCCCCCCGACCGCUUCACCCUCCUCUUCGCCCACACCUACAUGCCCCCUCGCCACCUCCUCAACCUCAGGGGGCAGGAGGCCCCCGUGGAGGUGGUGGACCUGGGCGGGGCGGAGGCCGGAGUCCUGUGCGAGGCCCUGGAGCGGCUGGGCCGCCGUCGAGCCUGCCGCCUGUUCGUGGUCACCCCCGGCACGAUGUGGCCGGCCGUGGACAGCUGCGGGUUCCCCGUCAAGAACCAGACGCUGCUCUUUCCCCACCUGACCCUGGAGGACCCCCCGGCCCUCUCCGCCCUGCUCGGCCGCGGUUGGCGGAGCCAGCUCGGCCUGCUUCUCCUUGAGCUGGGGGAGCCCGAGGGGGAGGAACGGGACGCGGGACGGGCCUCGGCGGUCCCGGGGGCUCAUCCUGGCUGAAGAGGGGUCCGGCCCGGAGCUGUGGGCUGCUCUUGGGGGGGCUUCCCCUCCUGGUCGCGAGAGCGGGCGACCCUCCGGAGAGAGCCAAAGAAAGCUGGUCAUCUGCAGAGGAGGGAAGCAAAGCACACGGCGGGCACUUUACACUCUUGUCUCGGGAUGGACCCCGGCUGCUCAGAGCUGAGUCUGGUCCUCGGCCCCCUGGAUGCCCAGCGGGGACCCCCGCCACCUGCACGGCCUUGUUGUGUUUGCCAGCCCCGCCGGGCACCGGUGCGGUGCUCACGGAUGGGGCAGUUGGGGGUGGAUUCACCAAGGGUGGAAGGGGGCAGUCGGUCCUUUGCCCAGCUCCGAGGACUUGGGCCGCCCGCUUUCCCCUGGCGUCCGAUGAAAUCCGCUAACAUCUGCCGGGUGGCAGGAGCCUGCUAAUGCUGCCACGGGAACCAUCCAGGAGGAACUUGUUCCUCUCUAAGGCGUUGUCUCCAGUGGAUGGAGGGAUCAGCCGAGCUGGGAAUCCUGGGGGGUGGGGGGACAACAAAUUCAGCUACUUUCCUCUUGACCAUUUGUUUGCCCAUCAGGAAAAUGUGGAUGUUUGCCUACGGGAUCUAGACGCCAUCAGAGAGGAGAACUUUGUUUAAUACACCUUUCUUCAGCAGUGAGUUCAAUAAAACGGUGGUUGAGGAUUUGCCUCCCUCCACUCUCCUGACUUUUCCCUUUCUCCCUCCGCCGCCCCCUGAAUGGUUGGCUGUCGUGGCUGUCUACCCGGUUCUGUCGGUCGUAAUAAUAACUGCGGUAUUUGUUAAGCGCUUACUAUG